AUGAAGGGCUUUACCGCCGCGGCGACUGCUGUCGCGGGCGCUGCGCUUUUUCUUAAAUCCGCCUAUGCUCAAUUGGAUCCAAUUGUGAUCAAAGGCUCUAAAUUCUUCUAUCAAUCCAAUGGGACUCAAUUUUUUAUCAAGGGUAUUGCCUAUCAACAGGAAUACCUGGGUAAUGGAUCAACCUCGGCUAGCGAUGGGACCGACAACUAUGUCGACCCCUUAGCUGACUCCUCAUCCUGCCAGAGAGAUAUCCCCUAUCUGCAACAGCUGCGCACCAACACCAUCCGCGUUUACGCCCUCGACCCUACCAAGAACCACGACGACUGCAUGUCGAUGUUGGCAGAUGCGGGUAUCUAUGUCAUUGCCGACCUUUCUUCUCCCGGAAAUUCGAUCAUUCGUGACGAUCCGACCUGGAACGAUGACCUUUACGCUCGCUAUACCUCCGUCAUUGAUAUGAUGGCCAAUUACACGAACACCCUUGGGUUCUUCGCCGGAAAUGAGGUUUCCAACAACAAUACCAACACUGAUGCCAGUGCAUUUGUCAAGGCUGCCGUUCGGGACAUGAAGGCUUAUAUCAAACAGCAAAAUUACCGCACGAUUGGUGUUGGAUACGCCACCAAUGAUGAUGCCGACAUCCGUGAAAAUCUUGCCAACUACUUCGAUUGCGGAGACCGUGAUGAGGCGAUUGACUUCUGGGGCUACAAUAUCUACUCGUGGUGUGGAGACUCCAGCUACACCGAGUCCGGCUAUAACGUCCGCACCGAGGAGUUCUCAACGUACAAUGUACCUGUCUUCUUCGCCGAGUAUGGAUGCAACACCGUGCAGCCGCGCGAGUUCACCGAAGUUCAAGCAUUGUAUGGAGAUCAAAUGACUCCUGUCUGGUCCGGCGGUAUUGUCUACAUGUACUUCCAGGAAGCCAACGACUACGGUCUUGUGAGCGUUUCGGGAGAUUCGGUGAGCACUUUGGCUGACUUCAACGCCUUGUCUUCACAAAUUGCACGGAUCGACCCGACUGGAGUCAAUGCCAAUGACUACACGCCUACCAACACCGCCGCUGCCGCUUGCCCUACUGUUGGCGACGAAUGGCAAGCCUCGGACGAACUGCCUCCUACACCAAACCAAGAACUUUGUGAGUGCAUGUUCGAUGCAUUGACCUGCGUCCCCAAUGACGUCAGCACCGACGACGUUGGCGAUCUUUUCAGUGUUGUCUGCGGUUUGGCCGACGGAGUCUGCGACGGCAUCACUGCGAAUGCGACCAGUGGUGACUACGGCGCCUAUGGCAUGUGUAACCCCACUCAACAACUGGGUUGGGCUCUCAACACCUACUAUGAGCAACAGCAAGCUGCUGGCAAUGGCGCCUCUGCCUGCGACUUCUCGGGAUCUGCUACAACACAGUCCCCUGUCCAACCCACCGGGACAUGCUCGGAAUUGAUUGCUCAAGCUGGUAGUGCAGGCACUGGCACAGUCACGUCGCAACCAAGCGGCACUGGCGGUUCGGGUUCCUCUGACUCUAGCGGUUCCGGCAGCGGCGGCGGCAGCAGCAGCUCCUCCAGUGGAGGUGUUCCAGGAUUCUCCGUUCCAAGCCAUAUUGGUCUUUUGCAUGUGGUGUUCUACCUUUCCAUUGCCUUUGUCUCUGGUGCUGGCAUGAUUCUAUUGUAG